CGGAAUUGAAAGGGUAUUUCUUAACGUGCCGGUCGUUUUAAAUAGAAUGCAAAAUUAAAAAAAAAAUUGUUAUACAUACUUAGUUUUAUAAAUUUAUUUUGUGGCCAGUAUACAGCGGUAUUUCUCUGGAUGGGUUAAAACUGAUUGACCGCAUUUUUAUGAUACGUUACAAAAAAUUUACAAAAGAGUGAAAUUAAAUUCAAAGGAAAAAAAAUUAUAAUAAAACAAAAUAAUUAUUAGAAAGAAUAAUAUAAAAAUUUGAAGUUCUAAAUUUUAAAAUGAAAUUACUUUCAAUACCAUUAUUAUUAAUUUUAAUUUCAAAUUUUGAUGCUAGCUCAUUAAUUAAAUUAAAUAAUCGUCCAAUUAUUGGCAUUUUAUCACAAGAAUUAACAACAAAACGUCUUUUACAAUAUCCAGAUAAAACAAGUUAUAUUGCGGCAUCUUAUAUAAAAUAUGUUGAAGGAGCUGGCGGAAGAGCUGUACCAAUAUUCAUUGGAAAAAAUGAAGAAUAUUAUGAAAAUAUUUUAAAAAAUAUUAAUGGUGUACUAUUACCAGGUGGUGCUGUUUAUUUUACUAAUCGUAAUGGUUAUGCAGAAGCUGGUGCAAUUAUAUAUAAAAAAAUAAUUGAAAUGAAUAAAAAUGGUAUUUAUAUGCCAAUAUGGGGUACAUGUUUAGGUUUUGAAUUAUUAGCAUAUAUGUCAGCAAAUAAUAUUGAAAUUCGUACAGCAUGUACAUCACAAGCACAAUCAAUUCCAUUAAAUUUUACAAGAACAUAUAAUAAUAGUAAAUUAUUUGGUAAUAUACCAAAAAAUAUUCGAUACACUUUAGAAACAAAAAAUGCAACAGCAAAUUUUCAUAAAUGGUGUAUAACAGAAUCAACAAUGGAAAAAUUUAAAUUAAAUAAAAUAUGGAAAGUUUUAAGUAAAAAUAUUGAUCAGAAUGGAUUAGAAUUUAUUUCAAUAAUUGAACAUAAAAAAUAUCCAUUUUAUGGUGUACAAUUUCAUCCAGAAAAAAAUAUAUAUGAAUUUGUUAGAAAUCGUAAUAUUAAUCAUGAUCCAGAUGUAAUUUUAGCAUCACAAUAUUUUGCUAAUUUCUUUAUUAAUGAAUCACGAAAAAAUUUCAAUUCAUUUAGUUCAGAACUGGAAGAACAAAAUUAUUUAAUAUAUAAUUAUAGACCAGAAUAUACGGCUAAAAAUAAUUCAGCAUUUGAACAAAUUUAUUUUUUUGAUGAAGAGAUAAUUGAUAAUUCAAAUUGA